CAGAACCGAGUACACUAGUGGUGAAAGCCCUUUGACACUCCAGCUGUUGUGGGUUGCAUUGGCCAAGAGCGAAUGUGGAGUGUGAAACUAUAAAGAUGAAAUGUUUGUUGGAAUCUCAUAAACCAAGUGACCUCACCAGCCUUCUACGCUGUCCUCUAUGAAUAAUGAACAGUGAUGGUUUGCGCGGAAUACAUUACAGACCCGUGAUUGGUGAUGGUAAACCACGGCACCCCAGAUGUGCACUUUGGCAGAGAUUAACUGAAAACAUAGCUGACAAAUAUCUGAGGUGGCUGGCAGACAGCAGCAAAUUAAAUUUCAUCUGGAAAACCAAGAUUGGUGGUUAUAAGAGAUGACUGUGGUUCUGUCCAUGAAUAGAUUCUGUAGCCCCCUCGUUUCUGAAGGUGCUCCUGAGAUUCCCGAAUAUCAAAGGGCCUGGACAUCUGAGCGUCAGAAAAAAACAACAAGCAGCUCAUCCAGUCAUCUCCAUGCCCAGCACCCGGAACACCGAUCAUGUGACUCUCCUGCAGAAUCACAUUACAGGGGACUUUCAAAGCCAAUCACAACAUCCAAGAUCACAUACUUUAAAAGGAAAUAUCUAGAAGAAGAGGAUUGCCACCCGCCACUCAGCAGCUGUAGUCAUAAAAAUGUUUCGAUCUUUGAAGAGAGGGCCCAUGUUCUUUACAUGUCUUUGGAAAAACUGAAAUUUAUUGAUGACCCGGAAGUGUUCCUGAGAAGAUCCGUAUUGAUCAAUAACUUGAUGAAACGCAUCCACGGAGAGAUAUUAAUGCAGAAUAACUGGUGCUUUUCAGCUUGCUCUCUAGGAGGACCUUCUGGACAGGAAUGGUUCGUUCCUCAGGAUUGUCCUUAUAAGAAACGCCUGCGGAUAGCCAAAGAGGACAACAGUAGUCUGCAGACAUGUUGUUUUUACCAAGACUGUGGUAGCCAUUAUUUAAAUAUCCCAUUCUCUGUUAGCUCAAACAGCGGGAAUGUUGCAGGCUCCAGUUCGUCCACUAAUCCUUUGCCUGGCACUUCUCAGCAUAUGGACUUAAGCGUGGGCAAUGCGGCCUUUUACAGGAACGGUUUCCCAGUGCCUUCAUGUGGGGAUUUUGUGACACAUGGUCCCAGACAACACGCAAGCGCACAAAAGGCAAACGUGCAUGACGAAAGCUCAACAGAUGAAAAGAGGGGUGGCCUUGGCUUUGGCUACGAUGUUAUAAAUGGUGGUGGCACAAGUGAACGUAGAGGCAGAUUGUAUGAUUUUUUGGCAGCUGGUUGCAUUGACAAGAGUAGUGUUAGUGAACCGUGGAAAAAAUCUGUCAGGAAAAAAGAGGUUUCUGCAGGUAAUAAACUUUGCUGCAGCAAAGGAAGCAAGAUGUGAGCGCUAUAGUUUGUUUUCUUUUUUAAACAUUGUGUUGUCAAUCUGAAGUGAGGUUCUGUCAUGCCGUUUAAAGGGGUUUUGUAGUUUUAUAUGGUGAUUAUGAAAUAAUCCCUGUAUGCGUAAGGGGUUAAUGUAUAUAGGAGUCUUCAAUCUUCUAAUACAUGUAAAGGACUUUGAAUAAAUGGAUUUCCUAAAACACA